GUGCGUGUGAGCGCGCGCGCGCCGAGACAUGGAGCGGUGAAGUAGCGCGCGACGGAGUAUCUGAUCCUGCAGGUGCUCGCGCUUUGCGCUGCGUCCCACUGAACAACCUAAACAACCUCAUCAUCAUCAUCAUCAUCAACAACCUCAACAACAACAACAACCUCAUCUACAGCAUCAUCACAUUCUGCAGUGGGAUCUUUUUUUCCCCUUUUUUAAUUGCAUUUUUCUAUGUAAAUAAACACAAGAAGGAGAAACACGAUGCGGAUUCUCACGUGCGUCGUCUCGGCGCUCGUCCUGAUCGCGCACGUGAGCGCUCUGAAUCAGGUAUUCGGGGACUUGGAGCCCGUAAGGAUGACGACUGAGGGCUCGGAUUGUCGCUGUAAGUGUGUGAUGCGUCCGCUGAGCAUCGAGGCGUGCGCGAGGCUUCGGGACGGGACCCUGAAAGUGGACGAUUUUUACGCUGUGGAGACGGUGAGUUCAGGAUCGGACUGUAAAUGCUCGUGCACGGCUCCGCCCUCGUCUCUGAACCCCUGCGAAAACGAGUGGAGGACGGAGAAACUAAAGCAACAAUCGCCCGAGCUGCUCAAGCUGCACACCAUGGUGGACUUGCUGGAAGGGACGCUGUACAGUAUGGAUCUGAUGAAGGUUCAUGCGUACAUGAAUAAAGUGGUGGCUCACAUGAACACACUGGAGGAGACGAUAAAAACGAACCUGAGUCGAGAGAACGACUUCGUCCGAGACAGUGUAGUGAAUCUGUCCAAUCAGCUGAAGAAGUACGAGAACUACUCAGACAUCAUGGUGAGCAUUAAGAAGGAAAUCUCCAGUUUGGGAGUCCAGCUGCUGAAGAAAGACGCAACAGACAACAAAGAACAAGCCACCGAUAGCAAGAAGGGCAAAGAGGCAGUAAAACCUUCCAACAAAAAGCCUCCGGUGGUUAAACCUCCUCCGAAGCCAAAAGAGAAACCCGUCAAACCCAAAAAGGAGCCUCCACCGCCCAAGAUGCCCAAACCUGCCAAACCGGAGCCGACCCCAAAGAGCAAAGUGGCGGGACACCAGCCGGGGGUCAUCAGGGGCAUCACCUACUACAAAGCCACCAGGACUGAUGGUUCUGAGACGGACAGCGCAGCCAAAGCAGACAGAGAAAAAGAAAACACGGCCAAAACCAACACCGUCCACCAAAUCGAGGAAAAAGGAGGUUCCGAGCUCGUCUUGGAGGCUGUCGAGUUCACCACUCCUGCUUUGCCAAAAACAACAAGAGCGACGACGCAGACGACGACGACAACAACAACAACAACAACCGUUGUGCCAACAACAUCUGCAUCACUAAUAGAAACAACCACCAGCAUAGAGGAGCUUCUCACCACCGACUCCAACGAGUCGGACCUCAGGACGGAGAAGCUCACUAUCACCAUCACGCCUUUGCCAAAGAGUUUAAAACCCGGAUCUAACAAAACAGUAAACGUUAAACCUUUGGAGUGCGAGGGCACCAUAGCAUCGGUGGAGAUGCCGGAAAAGCACCACAGCUACGGGCGUAACGAGGGCGCCUGGAUGAAGGACCCGGUCGCCAAGGACAACAAGAUCUACGUGACCAACUACUACUACGGCAACAACCUGGUGGAGUUUCGCAACCUGGACAAUUUCAAGCAAGGUCGUUGGAGUAACCUCUACAAGCUGCCUUAUAACUGGAUAGGAACGGGUCAUGUGGUCUACAAUGGCGCCUUCUACUACAACCGAGCUUUCACGAAGAACAUCAUCAAGUACGACCUGCGUUUGCGCUACGUGGCGGCGUGGACGCUCCUCCACGAUGUGGUCUACGAGGACACUACGCCUUGGAAGUGGCGCGGCCAUUCGGACAUUGACUUCGCCGUUGACGAGAGCGGGCUCUGGGUGAUCUACCCGGCGCUGGACUACGACUACUCGCAGCAGGAGGUCAUCAUCAUUAGCAAGCUGGACCCCAGCGACCUGUCCACCAAGAAGGAGACGACGUGGAGGACGGGUCUGAAGCGCAGCACAUAUGGGAAUUGCUUCGUGGUGUGCGGCGUGCUCUACGCCAUCGACGUGUACAACCAAAGAGAGGGCGAGGUGGCGUACGCCUACGACACACACACCAACUCUGAGGCGGCACCGCGGCUCCCGUUCACCAACGAGUACGCCUUCGUCACCCAAGUGGACUACAAUCCCAAAGAGAAGGUGCUGUACGCCUGGGACAACGGACACCAGCUCACUUAUAAUAUUCACUUCGUGGGUCAGUGAGAGCAGCGAGGAAAACUAUAAACAUUUCAUUCAGGAAAUCUGACUUUUUUAAGAGAGAAACAAAUAUAAAGAAGAUUAUAAUAAGGGAAACGAACUGGAUGGACGUUCAAUAAAUGAUGACUUGUUUCAUUUGUGUAGCAGUUUUCCAGAAAAUGUAAAAAAUACAGGGUUGACACAAAAAAUUAUUUCCAGUAGAAAAAAUUUUUUGAGACUCACCCCGAAUAUACAAAUAGUUAAAUAAUUGCCAAAAAAACUAAUUUCGUUUUGGAGUUUUGGAAGAUUUGGAAACUGGGAAUAAAAAAUGUAAUUAAAAAAACUUUUUUUUUUUCCGGAAAAAUUUCCUCACAUUACCCAUACACAUUAUUUCAGGAUUUAAUUUUUGUUAUAAUAAAAAAAAAUUAAUGAUACUACACAACAUAAUGUUUAACGUAUUUAAAUAUAUAUAUAUAUUAUGUGAAUAAAUAUUACUUUAAUAACCCUAUAAACCACCAUGUAGAAUGUUUAUGGUACUUGUACUAAACAGGGCGUAUGUGUGUAGGUAAAUGACUCAUUUACACAAUUUUCAUUCUGUAAAAUACAAAUGACGUUUGCACUGUAAAUAUUUCCAGAAAAACGUGAGCGACAGACGUGUUUGUUCGAUGCGUAAGGUUUUUGAUUCAGAUUUUUUUUGUAGUAAACAUUAGUUAAACUCCUGGAUGAGUUUACGCUUUGUUUGAUGUGAUUAGAUUUUUUUUUAAGACUCACGUGGAGGGUGAUUCUCCAUUACCACACUGCCUUCACAAUGAGAAAUAUUCCUAUAAAGAUGCUUUGAGAUCAUUUAGAUCAUGGUCUGAUUUUUAUUACUCUGCAAAACUUAUGGACAAAAGUUUGUGGACACGUUGAGCGUUAGUUUGUGGUUCUUUUUGAACA